ACGCGAACGCUCGGGCACCACAGGAACGGGGGGAUAGUUCUAGUUAUGCAAGGAAAUUGGUUGAGAUGAUUUUCCUGUCUGAAACCCUAUAAAAGAAGUAAAGAGGAAAAGAAGUAGAGAUGAUGUUCCAUCAGUUAAGCCGACUUUGCUGUCAUCAGCAGUGUCAGCAUAUAGUUCGCUCUCUCCGUUAUGCCUCGACUGUUUAUGCGCUCUCUUCAGGACAAGGAAAAUGUGGUGUGGCAGUUGUCCGAGUAACAGGUGACAGAGCCAGAGAUGUAUUCACUUGCAUGACAUUGCCAAGGACUCUUCCAGAACCGAGAAAAGCUACUUUGCGACGCAUCAUUCAUCCAAAUACUGGUGAAGGAUUAGACCAUGGUUUGGUUCUGUGGUUUCCAGGACCAAGGAGUUUUACAGGAGAAGAUAGCUGUGAGCUGCACAUUCAUGGAGGAUCAGCUGUAGUUAAAGCUGUCUUCUCCAGUCUCAGUGCCUUGCAGGGCUUUCAUCCAGCAAAACCAGGUGACUUCACAAAAAGAGCAUUUUAUAAUGGCAAGCUAGACCUUACUGCUGUAGAGGGGUUAGGAGAUCUCAUACAUGCUGAAACUGAGGCACAAAGGAAACAGGCUUUCAGACAGAUGGAAGGCGCUUUAGCAAAGUUGUACAUGGGUUGGAGGGAUGGUCUCCUUUUUUGUCGGGCAAAUCUGGAAGCCUACAUAGAUUUCAGUGAAGACGAAAACAUUGAGGAUGGAGUUGUAGCAGAGGUGGAGGAAAAGAUAUUCAAACUCAUUGGAGAAAUGAGAAAACAUCUGGCAGAUGAAAGACGAGGAGAACGACUUAGAAGUGGCCUUCACCUUGCUAUCCUUGGUCGGCCAAACACUGGAAAGAGCAGCUUCCUUAAUGCUCUUGUACAAAGACCUGCAGCCAUAGUCUCUUCCAUUCCUGGAACUACCCGAGACAUUAUAGAAACUUCUCUGGACCUUGGUGGUUACCCUGUAGUUAUCAGUGACACUGCAGGACUCCAUAAGACUGAUGACAUCAUUGAGAGUGAAGGUAUUGAAAGAGCAUUAGAAAGAGCUAAACAGGUUGAUGUUGCUGUGAUUUUACUGGAAGCUACAGAAAUUCUAAAUUUAGUGAAAGAAGGAAUAUUUGAGUGGGAAUCAUUUUUAAAACAUUACUUCUUAGAUAUUGGAAUAUUCAGUGAGAAUAAAUGCCACAUACCUAACCAUGAGUUAGAGUGGGUUGAAAAGAAAAAUUAUGUUAUUUUGAUAAACAAAAUUGAUCUAGUAACAGAUCAGAAGGACAAGCAAGAAAUUGAACAUGUUUUGAGUGAUGUAUGUUGCAUAUUAUCUCUUAAGACUUAUGAAGGAUUUGAGUCAUCACUUCUCAAAUUGAAGGAAAUAUGUGCUUCUCAGUGUGAGGUGGGAACUGAAGAGAAUCCAGUACUUACAUCAGCAAGACACAGAACUCACAUUAUAUCGAGUUUCAAUGCCCUUCUGACUGUUGUUGGAUCUGAUAGUCAAAGACGAGGCAGUGACAGUUAUAAUGAGUCAGAUAUAUAUAAACCAGAUGAGGAGAGGCAUAUGAGAUCAAACAUAAACCCAAAAGGAAGUUCCUCUCCCGUUUCUUUUGAAGAUUUAGAUUCUAAAAAUCUUCUUCACUCAGAAGAGACACUGUUGCUAGCAGCUCACCAUCUUCAAAGGGCUACCAACAGCCUUGGUCAGGUUACUGGUCAAGUAACCACAGAGGAUGUUCUUGAUCAGAUAUUUAGUUCAUUCUGUAUAGGAAAAUAAUUUUGUAUAGUGUUAUUUAUUUCUAUAAAACAUAAUAUGUA